AGGAUGGUGGGGGAACGUAGAAGCAGAGAUUUGCUGGUGCCCCUGGGCCCACGACUGCAGGCAUACCCUGAGGAACUGCUCCGGCAGCGCCAGGGUCAUGAUGGGCAUCCAGAGUACUUGAUCCGUUGGACUGUCCUUCAGCGUGGGAAGGAGGGUGGAGUAGGCAGUGGCAGCUCCCUAGAGGGCAAGGCAGAGCAUAUCCUCAUGUGGCUGUCAGCCCCGGAGGUCUAUGCCAACUGCCCCAUGCUACUUGGUGAACGAGCACCAGCCAAGGGGCCGCAGCAUGAGCCAGUGGGGAGUGUGGGCGCCUUUCCCCGGGAUGCCGGGGGGCUGGAUGAAGCCUCUCUGGGAGAAAUGGGGGCAGAUGUCCGAGGACUGGUGCGUCGAGCUGCCCGACAGCUGGACAGCGGUGGGGGCUCGAGUCCCGCAGCCUCCGUGCUACACACCAUCCAUGUGCUCAGCGCCUAUGCCAGCAUCGGACCCCUUGCUGGUGUCUUCAGGGAGACAGGAGCCUUGGACCUGCUCAUGCACAUGCUGGGCAACCCUGAGCCACAGAUUCGCAGGAGCGCUGGGAAGAUGCUGCAGGCCUUGGCAGCCCAUGAUGCUGGGAGCAGGGCCCAUGUGCUCCUGUCACUGAGCCAGCAGGAUGGCAUCGAACAGCACAUGGACUUUGAUAGCCGCUCCACUCUGCUGGAGCUGUUUGCAGAGACCACAUCUUCUGAAGAGCACUGCAUGGCCUUUGAAGGAAUCCACCUGCCCCAGAUCCCUGGAAAGCUGCUCUUCUCGUUAGUGAAGCGUUACUUGUGUGUCACAUCCCUCCUGGACCAGCUAAGUAGCAGCGUGGAGCCAGGGUCUGGGGAGUGGGGGAACCGGUGCUCCCCUAACAAGGCCUCCAGUGUGGAGAAGAGCCGUGGACAGAGGGAACUGGAGUUUAGCAUGGCCAUGGGCAACCUGAUCUCAGAAUUGGUUCGGGGCAUGGGAUGGGACCGGGGCCCAGGGAGGCAGCCUGCACCCAUCCCUCGGCCUUCCCGAUCGAUCUUUCAGCCCCGAUCAUCUGUGCCAGGCACCAUCCUCCCAACCCUGCUCACCCCUCCCUCCCCCAGGAGGCCAAGCCGGGCCUUCAGACCCCGGUCUGAGUUCUCGAGCCUGAGUGGCUAUGCUGACUACGUUCAGGAGACAUUGCAGCCGGGGAUGCGUGUUCGAAUGCUGGAGGAUUAUGAGGAGAUCAGUGCUGGGGACCAAGGCGAGUUCCGGCAGAGCAACAAUGGAAUGCCCCCUGUACAGGUGCUGUGGCAGUCUACAGGACGUACAUACUGGGUACACUGGCACAUGGUGGAGAUUCUGGGUCCUGUAACUGAGGACAGAAUUGCUGCUGAGCCAGAGAAAGGGACAGGGGGCAGCGGGCCCCAAGCCCCAGGUAUAGUGCCUCCUUCUUUAGACUGGAAGCCCCUUGGGGGGUUGUAUGCUCUCCCAUACCUUAAACCUGAGGCUCGGAGCAACACAGAGUCUGGAUGCCUGAGCCAGGCCGAAUGGUGGGAGCUGCUUUUCUUCAUCAAGAAGCUGGAUGGGCCUGAGCAACAGGAAUUUCUCCAUCUCCUCCAGGAGAACCUGGAUGGGGAGACUCUGGAGGAGGAGGCCCUGGGUGAGCUCUUAGUGCCAGUGGAGUUGGCACGGAAGCUGGUAUUAGAACUCAGUGGGCAAUGCCAGGGCAGCACCCACAGUGAUCUACUGAGCUCUCAUGUCUACUGCAAGUAUGGGCCACAGCCUAACACAGGAAAUUCAGCCAGCCUGACCCCUGUAAUGCCUCAGGACACCUGCACCCCCAAGGCAUCAUUGCCUGAGAAAAUCAAGGUGGAGGCUGAGCCCCCCAAGGCACAGAAUGAUUCUCAGCUAUUCAACCAGCUUCUGGUGGUGGAAGGGCUGGUUCUGCCCCCUGAACUGAAAGAGUCAGCUAGUGAACUGUGCAGUGCCUUGAGGGGUCCUGGUCGGAGGAGUUCCCUGGAGCAGCAUGUGACAGAGGCCAUUGCCAUGGUUCAGAGAUCCAACUCAGAAGCAAACCUACAACUUUCAGGGCUCUAUGCUCUCUCUAAAACUGUGGAAGAAGCCACAGGGCGUGAUCACCCUCUGCUCCGUCCAGACAAAGCCCUCAGAGAGAAGUUAGUCAAGGCACUGAUUGAGCUGCUGACCAAUCAGGUUGGGGAGAAGCUCCUGGUGGUACUGGCAUUACGCCUUCUUUAUUUGCUCAUGGCUAAACAUGAGUGGCGGCCCCUCUUUGCCACAGAAGGCGGGGUCUAUGCCGUGCUGGUUUGCAUGCAGGAGUAUAAGACUUCGGUUCUUGUGCAGCAGGCUGGGCUGGCGGCACUGAAGGUCUUGGCCAGUGCUGGGCCUUGUGAACUCCCCAGUGGAGGCGGUAGUCAAGCAUCUCCCUUGGCAGCUUCUGAAGCCCAGAUGAUCCGGGAAAUCUUUGCUAGCAUUGGCUCAGCUGCCCGCCCUGGCACUGACAACCUGUUGGGGGCAAUCCCUGCUGCCCUCAUCCUUAUGCUACAAACUGAAGGGUGUUCCUCAGCUGUAGGCAAUGGGCUGCUCCUCCUCAACAUGCUCAUGUGCAACCACCAGGCCCUAGGGGAACAACUGGCAACCCAGGAGCUGCAGGAAGCCUUGCACAGCCACUGUGGUGGAGGGUCAGAGCCUGUGCCCCCCACACGCACCCUCAUCCUCACUCUGCUCAGCCAACUUUCAGAGCAUGGGCCCCCUGGCAGUCCAGAGCAUGCAGCUAUAAUAGCAGAACCACCUUGCCCUGAGCCCCAGGCUGGGACGGAUGAGCCGUUGCUGCGCAGCCUGGUGGGGAGCACUGGCCCCUCUGGGGAACUACUAUUGGAGCUGGAGCGAAGCAUCUGUCCUGAAGGAUCCCGGGAAGGUGACGUGAACCAGGUACUGAAGAGACUACAAAAUCAACCCCAGCCUUUCCUGCUGUUGCUACAGAGCCUGGAGACUCCGGGGCCUAACAAGUCACUGCAUAUGACAGUUUUGAGAAUACUGAUCAGGCUGCUGGAUUUCCCUGAGGCCAUCCUCCUCCCCUGGCAUGAGGCCAUGGAACCAUGUCUGGCCUGCAUGAAUGCCCCCAGCAAUGACCGGGAGGUGGUCCAGGAAUUAAUCCGAUUCCUGCAUCGCCUGGCCACGUUACACAAGGACUGUGCAGUGGUUUUGUGCCGCCUGGGAGCUCGAGAGGCCCUCACCAAGGCCCUGGACAAGCACACAGCACAGCUGCUCCUGGGACCUGAGCUCCGGGACCUAGUGAGCGAGUGUGAGAAGCAUGCCCGGCUCUACAGUAACCUCACAACAAGCAUCCUGGCUGGAUGUAUCCAGAUGGUGCUCGGCCAGAUUGAAGAGCACAGAAGAACCCACCGGCCCAUUAACAUCCCCUUCUUUGAUGUUUUCCUCAGGCAUCUCUGCCAGGGGUCCAGUGUGGAAGUAAAGGAGGACAAGUGUUGGGAGAAGGUGGAAGUGUCAUCCAAUCCUCAUGGAGCCAGCAAGCUGACUGACCGAAACCCCAAGACUUACUGGGAAUCCAAUGGCAGCACUGGCUCUCACUAUAUCACCCUGCACAUGCACCGGGGGGUCCUUGUCAGACAGCUGACUCUGCUGGUGGCCAGUGAAGACUCAAGCUACAUGCCAGCCCGUGUGGUGGUGCUGGGGGGAGACAAUGCCAGUUCUGUCAGCACUGAGCUCAACACAGUAAAUGUGAUGCCUUCUGCUAGCCGUGUGCUGCUCCUGGAGAACCUGACCCGCUUCUGGCCCAUCCUUCAGAUCCGUAUCAAGCGAUGCCAGCAGGGUGGCAUUGAUACCCGUGUUCGAGGGGUGGAAGUUCUGGGCCCCAAACCCACCUUCUGGCCACUGUUCCGAGAGCAGCUGUGUCGCCGCACACACCUUUUCUAUACUGUUCGAGCCCAAGCCUGGAGUCAGGACAUUGCUCAGGACUGGAAGCGCCUGCUGCAGCUCUGCCCUAGACUGAACGGGGCUUUGCGCCAUGAGCAGAGUUUUGCAGAUCGAUUCCUCCCUGAUGAUGAGGCUGCCCAGGCACUGGGAAGGACCUGCUGGGAGGCCUUGGUCAGCCCCUUGGUGCAGAGCAUCACUGCCCCUGAUGGCAGUGGGGUGAGCCCCCUGGCCUGGCUGCUGGGCCAGUACCUGGAGCACAGAGAGAAGACCCGUUGCCCACAAGGCCGAGCAGAUUCUUUUACCUCACGGGUCCGCCGUCUCAGCCACCUGCUGGUGCAUGUGGAGCCUCCCCCAGGUCCCCCUCCUGAGCCUCCUACCCGGCCUAAUGGCAAGAAUAGUAAGAGUCGGGAGCUGAACUCAGGGGCUGGACUGGGACCUCCUGGUGGCAGCCUGAGGGGUAUCACCCAGUGUUGGAGGGGUGUGGUACAAGAGCAGGUGAGCAGGUUUCUGACUGCAGCCUGGCAGGCACCAGAUCUUGUGCCCAGAUACUGUGACAUCUAUGAACGGCUCCAGAGUGCUGGGGCAGAGCUCUUUGGGCCUCGGGCAGCCUUCAUGCUGGCCCUCCGCCAGGGCUUCUCUGGAGCUCUGCUCCAGCUCUCCUUUCUCACUGCUGCCCACGUGAGUGAACGGUUUGCCCGGCACAUCGACCAGCAGAUCCAGAGGAGCCGUGUAGGUGGACCCCAAGGAGAAGAGGUGCUAGGCCAGCUGCAGCGGAGCCUGGAGCCCAUGAUGGUCCUUUCUGGCCUAGAGCUUGCCACCACCUUUGAGCACUUUUACCAGUACUAUCUGGCAGACCGCCUCCUGAGCCUGGGUCCGAGCUGGCUGGAGCGGGCUGUGCUGGAGCAGAUUGGGCUCUGCUUCCCCAACCGACUGCCCCAGCAGAUGCUGAGCAGCCUGAGCACGUCCGAGGAGCUGCAGCACCAGUUCCACCUCUUCCAGCUUGAGCAGAUCGACCAGCAACUCCUGGAACAGGAAGAGGAUGAGGAGCAAGGGCUGGAGGCCCAUCCCCAGGAGGAGCCAGCGGAGGAGCAGUUGUCUGAGGAGCCAGCUCCUGAAGUGUCUGUGUUGGUCCUGUCACCCCGCUGCUGGCCCAUGUCCCCCUUCUGCUAUCUCCGUGAACCUACCAAGUACUUCCCCCCGGCUCUCAGUAACAGCCUCAGCCGAUUUUCCAACUUCUACAGUCAGAGUCAGAAUCGACCAGUCCUAGAACUGGGGCCUCGUCGUCGGCUACAGUGGUCGUGGCUGGGCCGGGCUGAGUUGCUCUUUGGGACACAGACACUGCAUGUCUCCACUUUGCAGAUGUGGCUUCUUUUGCACUUCAACAACAUGGAGGAGGUACCUUUAGAUUCUCUGCUUCAGAGCUCAGACCUUUCUUCAGAGCUGCUGCAUCAAGCCCUUCAACCUCUCACCUCAGGCGUUGGCCCCCUGAGCUUUCAUGAGGGUCAGGGUUUCCCUCCUGGAGGUGUGCUGCGGCUUCGGGAGGUGGAGAAGGAGCCUGGUGGGGAGGCCCUGUGGCUGCUCCCCCCACAGACAUACCUGAGUGUGGAGGAGGAUGAGUGCCGAACCUUGGAGAGGAAGAGGAACCUCCUGAGCUGCCUCCUUGUCCGAAUCCUCAAAGCCCAUGGGGAGAAGGGCCUGCACAUUGAUCAACUUGUCUGUCUGGUGCAGGAGGCCUGGCAGAAGGGCCCAUCUAGUCCCAGGGGCCUGGGCAGCAACAUGAGUGGGGAGGCUGGCUGCAGCAGUGCCGACGUCCUCUCCUGCAUCCUCCAUCUCUUGGGCCAGGGCUAUGUUCGAAGGCAGGAGGACCGGCCCCAGGUCUUGGCGUAUGCAGCCCCAGAGCCUGCAGAUCCCCAGCGGGGUCAGGCCAACGUCCCUUUUUGUGGCACUCGGAGUGCUGUGACCUCUCAGCUCAGGCCCAAAGAGGUAGCUGCCCUGGCAUCCUUGCAGCUACCUGCAGGCCGAACCAUGAGUCCCCAGGAGGUGGAAGGCCUCAUGGAGCAAACAGUGAACCAGGUGCAGGAGACCCUGAGCUUGGAGCCAGAUGUUGCACUGCAUUUACUGGCCCACACUCGAUGGGGGGCUGACCAGCUGCUGCAGAGCUACAGUGAAGAUCCAGAGCCCUUGCUGCUGGCCUCAGGCCUUCGGGUACCUCAGGCCCAGACACCGCCACCACUCCCCACCCAGUGCCCUGUUUGUGUCAGCCCCUUGAAUCCUGAAGACCAGCCUCCUGCCCUGUGCUGCAUGCACUACUGCUGUAAGUCCUGCUGGAAUGAGUACCUGACGACACGAAUUGAACAGAACCUUGUGUUGAAUUGUACCUGUCCUAUUGCUGACUGCCCCGCUCAGCCUACCAGUGCCUUCAUCCGAGCCAUUGUCUCCUCCCCUGAAGUCAUUGCCAAGUAUGAGAAGGCCCUUCUGCGGGGGUAUGUGGAAAGCUGUUCCAACAUGACCUGGUGCACCAACCCUCAGGGCUGUGACCGUAUCCUGUGCCGCCAGGGCUUGGGCUGUGGGGCUGCCUGCUCCAAGUGUGGCUGGGCCUCCUGCUUCAAUUGUAAUUUCCCUGAGGCUCACUACCCUGCCAGCUGUAGCCACAUGUCCCAGUGGGUGGAUGACGGUGGCUAUUAUGAGGGCAUGAGUGUGGAGGCUCAAAGCAAGCACCUGGCCAAGCUCAUCUCCAAGCGCUGUCCCAGCUGCCAGGCACCGAUAGAGAAGAAUGAGGGGUGUCUACACAUGACAUGUGCCAAGUGUAACCAUGGCUUUUGCUGGCGCUGUCUCAAGCCUUGGAAGCCAACACACAAGGACUAUUACAACUGCUCGGCCAUGGUAAGCAAAGCUGCCCGACAGGAGAAGCGAUUUCAGGACUACAAUGAGAGAUGUACUUUCCAUCACCAGGCCCAGGAGUUUACACUGAAUCUACGGAGCUGUGUGUCUGCUAUCUCAGAGAUGCCCCCAGCACAGCCCCUCACCUUCCUCAUCGAUGCCUGCCGGGGCCUAGAGCAGGCCAGAAAGGUGCUGGCCUAUGCCUGUGUAUACAGCUAUUACAACCAGGACACCGAGCGCAUGGAUGUGGUGGAGCAGCAAACAGAGAACUUAGAGCUUCACACCAAUGCCCUGCAGAUCCUCCUGGAGGAGACCCUACUGCAAUGCCAGGACCUGGCUGCCUCCCUGAAACUCUUCAAGGCAGAGCAUCUCAGCACAGGCCUGGAGCUUCUUCGGCGUAUUCAGGAGAGAUUAUUGGCCAUCCUGCAGCACUCCACACAGGAUUUCCGAAUUGGUCUUCAGACUCCACCAAGUUCAGAGCCACAAGAAGUGAAGGUGUCUAAUGUGCCCAGCAGCCAGCCACGGGGAUCCUCCGAGCUGGCUCAGGAUGAAGAUGACGAGGACGAUGAGGACGAGGUCCCGGGGUGGCAGCAGGACGAGUAUGAUGACGAGGAGCUGGACGAUGACAACUUCUCCUAUGACGAUGAGUCAGAGAACCUAGAUCGAGAUGCCUUCUUUUUUGAUGAUGAGGAUGAGGAUGAAGGCUAUGACUAAGGGGUGGUGGCUGUGCCUUCCCCCAAAAUCAACCCACCCCAGAAAGGGUAGAAAGUGCCUCGGUGACUAUUUAGGAGUUAAGGAACUUGGGCGUUAUGGUGGGGGUGGGUCAUCCCUCUCCCAUAGAGGGGUCCCCCAGGAGGGCUGCCCUGAAACUCUCUGGGGAAACUGACCACCAGGGAUUGUACCUUGUUCUGUUUAUUAAAUAAACGGCUUUUCUUGUAUC